UUAAAUGGCCACAUCAGCAGACAGAUAACCAGUGAGAUAAAGAAGAGCAUCGCCCGUGCCAGGCCGGGGAGGGUGGGGUGAUAGCGAGAAGGGAGGGGGGGUGUAUAAAUGGAGGCCAAUGGGCAUUUACAAUCCCACGGUCUGCUAGUGCUUCAUCACCAGCUGCCUUCAAACCCCACAGCGAGCCCAUGGCGUUCAACGGAACCUGGAAGGUCGACCGCAGCGAUAACUAUGUCAAGUUCAUGGAGCAAAUGGGUGUUAAUGUCGUGAAGCGAAAGCUUGCAGAGCACGACAACCUGAAGAUCACCAUCGAGCAGACCGGGGACAGGUUUCAAAUCAAAGAGUCCAGCACCUUCCGCACCAAAGAGUUCGACUUCACCCUGGGCGUCCUGUUCGACUACAGCCUGGCCGAUGGCACCGACGUCUCAGGCACGUGGGAGAUGGAGGGUGACGUGCUGAAAGGCAAAUUCACCAGGAAAGACAACGGCAAGGUGCUGACCACCACCAGAGCUCUGGUGGGAGGGGAGCUCGUACAGAGUUACAACUAUGAGGGAGUGGAUGCUAAGAGGAUUUUCAAGAAGCAGUAACCCGGAGUCUGAAGUUCAUAUUUUAUAUUAUGUAGAUCACAAGAUGUAGAUCUGUAGAUCUUUUUCUAACAAUAAGACACGGUUAAGUGUGUGCUACGUUAUAUACGUCAAAAAAAAGUAUAGUUGACCACAGCAUUGCAAAGACAAAAAUAUCAAACUUUAAUUAAAGGAAGGUGCCACAAAUUAAGAUAUUAUAUAUUUGAGAGACAGCUAAAAGACAGUAUAACAGGUUCUGCAAACAACACAAGACAUCCAUCGCCAUGCCAGUGUAAUGUCCCUAAGAAACAGUCUCAGCAACCAGUGUCCCAGAAAUAGCUGAGGACUCAGAGAGUUUUUUUUUUUUACUUUGCCCAGAUUUCGAAAUUUUGUCACUGACAUUUGUAUUUCCACUCUUCCACAAAAAGAAUUGGGACUGGAAUUCCAUUUGUAUUUCUCCCUGCAUUGAAAAAUGUCAUUUAAACAUUCAUAGCAGGACAUCUUUUCAGAAAUGAUGUCCCAGUUACUCAUAAUAAUCCACAGAGUUUUCAGAGGGACUACUUUAUUGGUACAACGUAGUUGUACCAAUAAAGUAAUGUCCCAUGGGCGCUGUUCAUGUGUUAAUGGAUUAUCCAAAGUAACAAACAAAGUGUUUCUGGUAAUAUGCUACUGUUUUCAAAUGUCAUUUAUCCAUGGUGUGAGCAAUGCCAAUGGGAGCUCUUCAACUUCCAUGGUAAUGGGGUGGAAGCAUGAAUACCUCAAAAUCUGGGCACAAAAUUAUCAAAAGAAAUCAGCAUGAUUAGAUACAACUAGAGGUGAGUGAGACACUGUUUUUUUUGGUGUAAUUUGGGCGGAUUUGCACUUUAAAUGUCCCCAACAGUAGAGAUGGAGCGCAGCUGACUGAAACAUCACCGUGCUGUUAGCUGCACCAGCAUUUAGUCUGCACCCUUAUAAUAAUCAUCCACCACAACAUGACGAAUAUUGGUCAAAUUGCACUAAGGGUUCUCAUAUAUUAUAUAGUCUGUAACAAUAAAGCAGUUGUCAUCAGUC